AUGGAACCGGAGUGCCCUCAGAAGUUAGGUGUGGGACCGGGGGUGCCAACCUUGCCCGGGGUGGGUCUGGGUGGAACACUUCCAGAGGUCUCCGUUGUGGCGACUGUGCUAGGGCUCAGAGUGCUGCCUUCCCCUGUGGGUCCAGCCGUGCUUGGAGUUGAACCACGGAUGGAACCGGAGUGCCUUCAGAAGUACUGGGUGUGGGACGGGGGUGCCAACCUUGCCAGGGGUGGGUCUGGGUGGAACACUUCCAGAGGUCUCCGUUGUGGCGACUGUGCUAGGGCUCAGAGUGCUGCCUUCCCCUGUGGGUCCAGCCGUGCUGGAGUUGAACCAACGGAUGGAACCGGAGUGCCUUCAGAAGUACUGGGUGUGGGACGGGGGUGCCAACCUGCCAGGGGUGGGUCUGGGUGGAACACUUCCAGAGGUCUCCGUUGUGGCGACUGUGCUAGGGCUCAGAGUGCUGCCUUCUGUGGUCCAGCCGUGCUUGGAGUUGAACCAACGGAUGGAACCGGAGUGCCUCAGAAGUACUGGGUGUGGGACCGGGGGUGCCAACCUUGCCAGGGGUGGGUCUGGUGGAACACUUCCAGAGGUCUCCGUUGUGGCGACUGUGUGCUAGGGCUCAGAGUGCUGCCUUCCCCUGUGGGUCCAGCCGUGCUUGGAGUUGAACCAACGGAUGGAACCGGAGUGCCUUCAGAAGUACUGGGUGUGGGACCGGGGGUGCCAACCUUGCCAGGGGUGGGUCUUGGGUGGAACACUUCCAGAGGUCUCCGUUGUGGCGACUGUGCUAGGGCUCAGAGUGCUGCCUUCCCCUGUGGGUCCAGCCGUGCUUGGAGUUGA